CGUGGGAAGAAUGCAUGCUUUCUUCUAAACUUCUAUACGGUCGGCCUGCAGGCUGGGGGAGGCGUUUCUUAAACCUUAUUUUGUGGGUGCUAGUUUGCCUACUCAACAAGAAGCGUCUCGAGUUUCCUUGAUCAACCCACGAUCAUAAUGGACUGUAGAUUAGAGCCUUUGAAUGUGGCCUAGUGAGGUGAUAAGCAUAUCGAGCCACGAUGCAGCUCCAGGGGUCUUUGGAUGCCCAUACUUAUAACCUCAUAGUAGUACAGGUCCUAGUGCUCCCAAACAAUAUGUCCGUCAUCGAAAAACUACAAGAAACCUCGGCUUCAGGUUCCAUCACGACGUUGUUUCGUUUGGGCCCCGUAGACGCUAUUUCCUCUCUUCCAAUCAAACCUCCCGGGCCUUUUUACUCUUCUGAGGUUGCGGGUCUUAGCUGGUGCCUGACUAUUCGCACAAAAAAAAUAAACAAAGAAAAGCAGCACCAGCUAUGCUUCAAUUCCCGUAGUUGUCCGGAUGCAUGGCGUGGUACACUGGCCAAGGUCACGGUCUCUUUUCCGUCACAUCCUGAUGGUGAUCCAUCCCUCUGUACCACAUCUAUCACCGUGAUCCUAGGACUUUGCGGUUUAGACUCGGAUGAUAAUCAUCCGCUGGUCACUGGCACUUGUUCUUCUCAGAAGCUUGGAAAUGCCCUCGUCUCGCUAGAGGUCACCUUAACCAACACACUGUCAUGUAAUCCAUUUGAUGUACCUGCACCCGUCAGGUCCGUACCAGACGCACCUGCCAGUGCUGAAGCGCCCAGGGUGUCUCAGGCCUGCUCUGCCCUUCGUGCCCUCGAGCAAUCGCUCAAGACAGGAACAUCAUUUGACAUAGUAUUUCAAGCUUAUACUCAUCGUUUGUCCCUCGGCAAGGUCACUAGACCAAUUCCGAUUUAUGCGAGCACCGCUGUGCUGCAAACAACUUUGCCAGACUUUUCCGGGGGAGACCUUGAUCUGUCCUCCCUCUUUGAACUGUCUGAAGGCGAUACUCUCCCUUUCACUUCCCUGGAGAGUUAUGAAUACGAUUCUGACAGCGAUCUGGAUGACGACGAUUUCGUCAAGAAUAACAUCAAUCCUACACCAGUAGACAAUGAAUCAUACGAAGACACGACUGAUACUGGUUCAAUUUCGUCUUUCUCUAGCAUUGAAGCUGGACUUCGAGAACAACUAGGCAAUCGGCCGUUGCUUUUAGAAGAUGUUGGGAUAGUACCGGCUGUGAUCAGCGAGAACUUGAAACGUGGAUCUCGAGUCAUCCUCGUAAAGGGUGUUGCCUGGAAGACGUGGCACGCCUUUAUCUACUAUUGUUACACCGGCAUCGUCAACUUUGUAAACUUACGGUCUCAAGGUACGCCUGACGAGCAGCGUCGCUUAGAAGAUGGUCCACCACAUUGCUCUCCGAAGUCGAUGUAUCAACUGGCUAGGAAGCUGCAGCUUAACAACGAACCAUUAUCUCGACUUGCUCUAAAGGCCAUUGAAACCAGGUUGUCUGCAGCCAACAUACUGAAUGAGGCAUUCUCCAAAUUUACUUCCAGGCAUGACGCCGUCAGAGCGAUGGAAACUGCCCUCCUGCUGAAACAUAGGAAUGCAUCAGAAGUUCUGCAGGGUCUCCCAGCUAAAAUGGAAGCUGUGGCCAGGGGUAAUAUACCCAACGCUGGACAGGUUCUCACUGCGUUAAUUAUGCAGAUACCUGGCCAGAAUUGAACUCGAUAGCAUCACUGACCACUGUCGUUGGGUCUGUUGA